AUGAGACGACGCCACCCAUUCAACGCCAUCUAUGACACCGAAGAAGAACUGUUCCUCAAAACAUGCUACAGUGGAGGAGUCGGCUGCGUCGGCGUUCUCGUCAACACGAGUUUGUCCACAAACAACGAUUCAUUCGAACAACUUACAGCCCUCAUCGGACGUUUACGAUUAAAAAGAUGUGGACCAACGCCGGCUUUGACAAGCUUCGUCGCUUACCGGCCUAGAUCAUGGUACGACGAAAAAAAGUCGAAGCGUUCUAUAUGGACUUGGAGAAGUUCAGCAGAUAUGAGCACACAUUCUUCAACGUCGUCAUUGGAGAUUUCAACGCCAAGAUUGGACGAAGAGGAACGUGUGAAGAACGUCAUAUCGGGACCCACGGAUUAA